AUGGAAGCCAAAAGUACAUUGUAUAUCCAUAAUCUUAGUGAUGGAAUUGGAAUGGACAAAUUGCGAAGCAAUUUGUUCUUGUUGUUCUCGAUGUAUGGUGAAGUGAUCGAUAUCCGUUUGGACGGUCGGCAGUUGCGAGGUCAGGCGUUUAUCAGAAUGAGCACACCUGACGAAGCCAACUUAGCGCGAAUCACGCUCAACGGAGAACCGUUUUUUGGCCAACCGUUAAAAAUUGAGUUCAGCAAGAAUGAGAUGACCGUAUAG